GGAGGCAGGGCGGGACGACGACUGAACUCAGUGCAAGAAUCGAACCUCUGUCACAGCCUCGCAUGUGUUAAACUCCGGGUAAAAUAUAUUUAGACUACUUUACCCACUCGCUUAUUUUAUGCGUGUUUAAACGCUCUCAGAGAAGCUUUUUAAUUUGAUUUUACACCGGGAAGUCAGCCUAUACUACAGUAUAAUGUUUCCGGAAAAAGCCGAACGGAGCCGACACCGAGGGUGUAUAUGGACUAAGUGUUAGGGAUGCUGCUCUGUCAGAGAGCAGCCACCGCGGACGGUCAGGGAGCAGACCGCUGGCUUACCGGGAACCGACACUGAAAGGGGAAACCUCGACAGCCCGCCAGCUGAGCGCAGGAUUUACCUGACACCCCUCGCAGUGCUUUACGGACCUUUUUUUCCUUUUCACCUUCGGGGGAUUUAGAGCAAGUGUUGCGGGACUGGAGGAAUUCGGAGACUCUUUCCUAACUGUCUCUAAUCUUCGGACCCUCCUGCUUUUCUUUAUUCUCAACAUCUUUUCCGAAACGUCCAGGAAACCGUAGAUAAUGGUGACACUGUGUGAACGUGUGAGCUCAUAGCCAAUUAACAGCAGCGUCGGGACCAGCGGAGAGCGAACAAACAGUCAGAAGAUGGACCUCAGAUUCAGACGGCUGUCGUUUCUCAGCAGGGCAGCUCUUCAUCUCCUGCUGCUGGCCAGACUGGUGCUGCCUUCUCACACAGAGAGCAUGCCCAGCUUCAUCAAGUCCCCUGACGAUCAAACAGGGAUUUCGGGAGGAGUGGCGUCGUUCGUAUGCCAGGCGGUGGGUGAGCCCAAACCUCGGAUCACCUGGAUGAAGAAGGGGAAGAAAGUCAGCUCUCAGCGCUUUGAGGUGAUUGAGUUCGAUGACGGCUCAGGCUCAGUGCUCCGUAUCCAGCCUCUGAGGACCCACCGUGAUGAAGCCAUCUAUGAAUGUACAGCCACCAACAGCGUAGGAGAGAUCAACACCAGCGCCAAACUCACCGUCUUAGAGGAGGACCAGAUACCCCAUGGUUUCCCCACCAUAGACAUGGGGCCCCAGCUGAAGGUUGUGGAGAGAACUCGUACUGCCACAAUGCUGUGUGCAGCCAGCGGAAACCCCGACCCAGAGAUCUACUGGUUCAAAGACUUCCUACCUGUGGACAUCAGCAGCAGCAACGGCCGCAUAAAGCAGCUGCGUUCAGGAGCGCUUCAGAUUGAGAACAGCGAGGAGUCGGACCAGGGCAAGUACGAGUGCGUGGCAGUCAACAGCGCUGGGACUCGCUACUCGGCUCCAGCUAACCUUUAUGUUCGAGUUCGCCGUGUGCCUCCACGUUUCUCCAUCCCCCCCACCAAUCACGAGGUGAUGCCUGGCGGGAGUAUCAACUUGACCUGCGUGGCGGUCGGCGCCCCCAUGCCAUACGUCAAGUGGAUGAGUGGUGAAGUGGAGCUGACCCGCGAGGAUGAGAUGCCUAUUGGCCGCAACGUCCUGGAGCUCACCAACAUCCGCCAAUCUGCCAACUACACCUGUGUGGCCAUAUCCUCCCUGGGCAUGAUCGAGACGACAGCCCAGAUCACUGUCAAAGCUCUUCCAAAGCCGCCCACCUCCCUCAUUGUGACAGAAACCACGGCCACCAGUGUCACCCUCACCUGGGACUCUGGCAACCCAGAACCUGUGUCCUACUAUGUGAUUCAGUACCGUGCCAAACUGUCUGACAACGGUUUCCAGGAGGUAGACGGCGUUGCCACAACCAGAUACAGCAUCGGUGGCCUCAGCCCUUUCUCUGAAUAUGAGUUUCGUGUCAUGGCCGUUAACAAUGUUGGCCGUGGGCCUCCCAGCGGUAUUGUGGACACACGGACAAGCGAGCAGGCACCUUCAUCGCCACCUCUUCAUGUGCAGGCACGUAUGCUGAGCUCCAGCACCAUGCUGAUCCAGUGGGAAACUCCAGAGGAGCCCAAUGGCCAAAUCCGGGGAUAUCGGGUCUACUACAGCUCCGACCCUGAUGCCCCGCUCAACGCCUGGCAGAAACACAACACAGAUGACAGCCAGUUCACCACCAUCUCAGGCCUGACCACAGACAUCACCUACAGCCUGAGGGUGCUGGGCUUCACCUCUGUGGGAGACGGACCUCCUUCUGAUAUUCUACAGAUCAAAACCCAGCAGGGAGUUCCAGCUCAGCCGUCUGAUUUCGAGGCUGAGGCCGAGCUGGACUCACGCAUCAUGCUGUCGUGGCUUUGGCCUGUCCAGGACCCCAUCAUUGGCUUUGAACUGCUCUACUGGGAGGCCAACAAUCCUACAGACAAGCAUCGUGUCACUUUCGACGCAGCGGGCUCAUAUGCAGUUGAUGGUCUAAAGCCAGAUACGCUGUAUAUGUUUUCCCUGGCGGCACGAUCCGUGAUGGGUUUAGGAGUCUUUACUCAGCCUAUUGAAGCCAGGACCGCCCAGUCCUCCCUGUCAGCUCCUCCCCAGGAGGUUCGCUUGCUCAGCCUCAGCUCCACCAGCAUCAAGGUGAGUUGGGUGGCACCGCCCACAGACAGCCGGUCCGGGGACAUAGUGAGCUACUCUCUAGCCUACCAGGCAGUGACAGGAGAGGACCUGAAGCGCCACCAGGUGUCAGGGAUCGGUGUUGAUGUCACCAGCUACAUGUUGGAGGACCUGCACAAGUGGACCGAGUAUUCGGUGUGGGUGAAGGCUUACACUGACAUUGGGCCCGGCCCGGAGAGCGCUGCAGUCCGCAUCAAAACCAAGGAAGAUGUGCCUGGAGCUCCUCCAAGGAAGGUGGAGGCAGAAGCUCUCAACUCCACUGCCCUCAGGGUGACCUGGAAGCCUCCCCUGCCUGUGAAGCAGCACGGCCAGAUCAGAGGCUACCAGCUGGUCUACUCCAGGCAAGAGAACGGGGAGCCUCACGGCCAGCCGCUCAUCAUGGACGUCGCCCUGCCUGACGCCCAGGAGGCCAUUAUAACAGGUCUGAUCCCAGAAACUACCUAUUCAGUGACUGUGGCUGCAUAUACCACCAAGGGUGAUGGAGCUCGCAGCAAAUCCAAGGUGGUCACCACCACAGGCGCAGUGCCUGGAAAACCCACGAUGAUGAUCAGCACCACCAUAGGGAACACUGCCCUGAUCCAGUGGCAGCCCCCUAAAGAGAUGGUGGGGGAGCACGUGGGAUACCAGCUGCAGUACAAGAGAGCAGAGGAGGAGGCUUUUACCGUCAAAGACUUUAGAAAGACAGACGAUCAUUUCACCGUCACUGGCCUCCACAAGGGAGCCACCUACAUCUUCAAACUUUGCGCCAAAAACAGAGCAGGCAACGGGGAGGAAUACAUGAAGGAGAUCAGCACCCCUGAAGACAUCCCCAGCAGCUACCCACAGAAUCUGAGCGUGGUCGGCCUGACUGCAACCUCCACCAAGCUGGCCUGGGACCCUCCUCCUCUGGCUGAGAGAAAUGGCAAGAUAGUCAAGUACGUGGUGGUGUACCGAGAUAUCAACAGCCAUCACAACAACACCAACAUCACCACAGAAACAGAGAUGACUGUCCAGGGUUUGCAGCCUGACACGACCUACGACAUCAGAGUCCAAGCUUUCACCAGCAAGGGUGGAGGCCCUAUCAGCCCCAGCAUCCAGAGCAGGACCAUGUCCACCUCAAUGCCAGUGUUCACCAAGAACUUUGGUGUGAAGGCUGUGAUGAAAACAUCGGUCCUGCUGACCUGGGAAGUGCCAGAAACCUACAAAUCUCAAGUUCCUCUCAAGAUUCUGUACAACCAGCAGAGCGUGGAGGUUCAGGGCAACCUGAAGAGGAAGCUGAUCACACAGCUGCAGCCAGACACUGAUUAUUCCUUCGUGCUGAUGAGUCGAGGGAACAGCGCUGGCGGCCUUCAGCAGCAGGUCUCCAUCCGAACAGCUCCAGACCUGCUGACGAUGAAACCGGCUCGAUACCAAGACGAAGUGGAGGAAGGCGGAAAAGUGACCAUCAGCCUGCCCAAGGUCCCUGCUGGAGCCUCUGUCAGGUGGUACUACAUAGUGGUUGUCCCGGUCACUACAGCUUCUCAGAGAAGAUGGGAGAACCCUGAAGACAUGGACAUACAUGAGCUCCUGGAGGCCGAUGCUGACAGCAGUCUCCAGAGGAAGAAGAGACAGAGCCAGGACUUUCUGCAGCCGUACAUCGCUGCCAAGCUGGAUGCUCUGCCUGAGAUCUUCACUCUGGGUGAUGAAAAGAAAUACAAUGGCUACUACAACAAACCGCUUCCUGGCCAGCAGCAGUAUCGCUGCUUUGUGCUGGCUGACCUGGCAGACCACGAGUCUCAGAGGACAUUUGCAGCCAGUCCGUUCUCCGAGCCCCUCAUGGUGAAGCUCAGCGGGGUGAUCCGACAGCCUCAGGAGGACCCGGAGAUGCUGUGGGUGAUGGGUCCAGUGCUGGCUGUCAUUCUCAUCAUCAUCAUAGUCAUUGCUAUUUUACUCUUCAAGAGAAAACGAACAUCUCCAGCCAAAGAUGAGCACAUGGCGGGGGUGAAAGAUUCCCUGCUGGCCCACUCCUCAGACCCCGUGGAGAUGAGGAGACUCAACUAUCAGACUCAAGGGAUGAGGGAACAUCCUCCCAUUGCUAUUUGUGAUCUGGCUGACCACACCGAGCGACUCAAGGCCAACGACGGUCUGCACUUCUCUCAGGAGUAUGAGUCUAUUGAUCCAGGACAGCAGUUCACCUGGGAGCACUCUAACCUGGAGGUCAACAAGCCAAAGAACCGCUAUGCAAAUGUUAUCGCCUAUGACCACUCUAGAGUUAUUCUCACACCUGUGGACGGAGUUCCAGGUAGCGACUACAUAAAUGCCAACUACAUUGAUGGCUACAGGAAGCAGAAUGCCUACAUCGCCACACAAGGCCCGCUGCCGGAGACACUGAGUGAUUUUUGGAGGAUGGUAUGGGAGCAAAGGACCUGUACCAUCGUCAUGAUGACCCGCCUGGAGGAAAAGUCACGGGUAAAAUGUGACCAGUAUUGGCCCAGUCGAGGCACAGAGACAUAUGGGAUGAUUCAGGUGACCAUGCUGGACACUGUGGAGCUGGCUACGUACAGCGUGAGAACAUUCGCCCUCUAUAAGAAUGGCUCCAGUGAGAAAAGAGAAGUUCGACAGUUCCAGUUUCUGGCCUGGCCUGACCACGGCGUGCCUGAGUAUCCCACCCCAACACUGGCCUUUCUACGCAGAGUCAAGGCCUGUAACCCUCCAGAUGCUGGACCCAUGGUGGUUCACUGCAGCGCCGGUGUGGGUCGGACGGGCUGCUUCAUCGUGAUCGACGCCAUGCUGGAGAGGAUGAAGCACGAGAAGUCGGUGGACAUAUACGGCCAUGUGACGUGUAUGCGAGCUCAGAGGAACUACAUGGUUCAGACGGAGGAUCAGUACAUAUUCAUCCACGAGGCCCUGCUGGAAGCUGCAACGUGUGGCAACACAGAAGUUCCCGCCCGCAACCUGUACGCCCACAUCCAGAAGCUCACCCAGGUCCCUCCUGGAGACACCGUCACAGCCAUGGAACUGGAGUUUAAGAAACUGGCCAACUCUAAAGCACAUACCUCAAGAUUCAUCAGUGCCAACCUGCCGUGUAACAAAUUCAAGAACCGCCUGGUGAACAUCAUGCCUUUCGAGUCCACUCGUGUCUGCCUGCAGCCAAUCAGAGGGGUGGAGGGCUCCGACUACAUCAACGCCAGCUUCAUUGACGGAUACAGGCAGCAGAAAGCGUACAUGGCCACCCAGGGCCCAUUAGCUGAGACCACCGAGGACUUCUGGAGAAUGCUGUGGGAACACAACUCCACCAUCGUAGUCAUGCUCACCAAGCUCCGCGAGAUGGGACGGGAGAAGUGCCAUCAGUACUGGCCUGCCGAGCGCUCUGCACGCUACCAGUACUUUGUUGUGGACCCCAUGGCUGAGUACAACAUGCCUCAGUACAUCCUAAGAGAGUUCAAAGUCACAGACGCCAGGGAUGGUCAGUCGAGGACCAUCAGGCAGUUUCAGUUCACCGACUGGCCUGAGCAAGGAGUGCCAAAAACCGGAGAGGGAUUCAUUGACUUCAUUGGUCAAGUCCAUAAAACUAAAGAGCAGUUUGGACAAGACGGACCAAUCACUGUGCACUGCAGUGCUGGUGUUGGGCGGACUGGUGUCUUCAUCACUCUGAGUAUUGUCCUGGAGAGGAUGAGGUACGAGGGAGUGGUUGACCUCUUCCAGACCGUUAAGACUCUCCGAACUCAGAGGCCUGCCAUGGUGCAGACAGAGGACCAGUACCAACUGUGCUACCGGGCUGCUCUGGAGUACCUGGGAAGCUUUGACCACUAUGCAACAUAACCCCACCCAGAAAGACACCUUCAGCCGAGUUUGGUGUCUCCUCUGAGCCAUAUCCACUCAGCUCCAUCAGUCCCUGCGGCCUGAUGUGGAGGCUACGAGGAGGGCUGAUGAGGACAGCAGGAAUCAGAGGAGAUGAAAGAAAAGUGGAGAGAAAUCCUCCUGGACUGGUGCCAUGAUUCUGCCACAGACCCCCCCACACCAAAACCUCCCAACCCUAACAGACUUGUACUGUAGUCAUGCCUCAUUCUGAUUCCCGCCACUCCCACUUUCAGCCUCCUCUUAACAGCAAAAACAAAUUUUCUGCUCUUUUUCAUUUAUACUCAUCAUGUUGUUCUGCAUAUUUAGAAUUUAUUUUGUGAUCACUUACACUGGUUAUAUAUGUCUUAAUGGGCCUUUUCUUAAUUUGCUUAUCUUUUUAUUAUUAUUUUUAUUAGCACACAGGACAUGUGUUUUCAACAUGCUCCAAGUUAUUAAUCCUGGAGAUCGUAUACUCACAGCUGCUAAUGAUUUUAUUUUGUACCAUAGAUAUGAUAUUCUAAUAUUAUCGUUGGUCUUAUUUAGAGGGAAAUGUGGGUUUUGACUUUCUGUCUUGACAUCCAACAGAACGCUGAUAUUUACCAAACAGAUCCAAUAAGCAGAUACGGUUUGUGAGCUACAUGGCUAUAAAUGUGCAAAGACUAUUCACAUCUGAAUAACUGCUAGCAUGUACAGAGUUUCUCGUCAUUAACUGUUGACUAAUUUUAUGGAGACUUUCAACAAAAGAAAUCCGAAGCUGUUGGAACGAUAUGGGUGUACUCUUAACAUGGACUCAGGUAGACGAAACACAGACGGCCUCUUCGGGAAAUUUUUUUGUGAAAUACAGAUCUCAUGCUCCGUGCGUGAAAGAAGAAAAGACGACACGGAAGAAAUUCAACCUCUCCAGCCCCAGUUCAUGACAAGAUGUUUCUUAACGAGGGCUGCACAGUGGAGUAGUGGUUAGCACUUUUGCCUUGCAGCAAGAAGAUCCCCGGUUCAAAUCCCGGCCUGGGCCUGGGAUCUUUCUGCAUGGAGUUUGCAUGUUCUCCCUGUGCAUGUGUGGGUUUUCUCCGGGCACUCCGCCUUCUUCCCACAGUCCAAAAAUAUGCUGAGGUUAAUUGGUUACUCUAAAUUGCCCGUAGGUGUGAAUGUGAGAGUGAUUGUAUGUCUGUAUAUGCAGCCCUGUGACAGACUGGCGACCUGUCCAGGGUGUCCCCUGCCUUCGCCCGAGUCAGCUGGGAUAGGCUCCGGCACCCCCACAACCCUAGUGAGGAUAAAGUGGUGUAUAGAGAAUGGAUGGAUGGAUGUUUUCUAUUGAGAGCAUCAGUCUUGUACUCAACCUUAACCUUGAGAGAUGAAUCCAGAUUUAUAUGUUGUUAUUCUAACUGUCAGAAAAUCUCAUGAAAAGACCAACACCAAUGAUUUCGGAGGCUCUCACCACCAAACCCACUGGUUUCUACGGAAAAUAAACAUAGUUAAAAUGGUAAAGAUUAGUUUUCAAUUCUAAAAAUUAUUCACAAUUUGAUUUGCGCAUGUUCGUGGGACUGAUUUUUAGUGUUGGACACCGUCACUGCAUCCUGGGCUUAGCACCACCCAGGAUGGCUGUGAUUGGUUUAAAAAAAUAUAAUCAAACCAGAGUGUUUUUUUUACCUGUUAUGGCUGAAUGAUAAGGUGCAGCCACAUCAUUCUACAGCAAUGAUCCAGAGCUAUGAGGAUAUUUGGGCAAGCAGAAUGAUGUAUGUGGAGUUAAAGCAACAUAUACCAGCGUUUUUCCUGCAUUUAAGAAUUGUUGCCAACCUCCAAGGAGGUUUUAGUCAGCGCCAAAGGAAAAUUACCAGCAAAAAUAAUUUUAAUUGAGGAAACAAUUUUGGUAAUUGGGAUUUCAAACAAGAAAUGUUUCUGUGGUCAGAAAUGGUCAGAAAUAAGAAAAUGCACAGAUAGUUAUCUAAUAAGGUAGAUGCAAUGUCAUGUAUAGUCAUUAGUCUUUGUAGAAUGAAGUUGUUCAUGGUUUGAGCCUUCACGUGGGAUUUUUUGACACAGAGAAAAAAAUGUUGAUGUUUUUAAAAAGUUCUCACCUGAAUUUUACAGCAUUAACAGUGUACCACUGAAGGGGCCGAUAUUAGACCAUUUGAAAACUCACAAAAUAUAAAGUCCCAGUUCAACAACGACGGGCCGCACAGACAGAUAUGCUGGAUCCCCAUUUCAGAUAUAUUACAAUUAUUCUAUCACUGUGUUGCAGAUGGACAGACUUGUAACUCAGAGCAACAUCACUGUUCACUGGUGGAUCUCUGGUUUUCACUGGAUGACAGUGAGGUGGGUUUCGGAUGAAGUGGAUUCAUUUCACAUAGUCGUGCUGUAGGGGUCCUAUCUGUUGUACAAAUGAUCUGUUUUCUAUUUGUUAAUAAAAAGCAGAGAAAAUGUCUUGAAAACCUUGAUGUUAAUAAAGUUGAAUAAUUGGG